AUGGGCUGGGUUGGGGGAAGAACUGUGUACAAGGCCCAGAAGGACUAUGAGCAGGGCUUACACCGGGCAAAAAUGGUGCCUGUUCUCACCAGACAGACUACAUGGGAUGUGGAGCUGGAAAGAUCUGCAGAAUCCUGGGCUGAAACUUGUUUGUGGGAGCACGGACCUGCAAGCCUGCUGCCAUCCAUCGGACAAAACUUGGGAGCACAUUGGGGAAGGUAUAGACCCCCAAUGUUUCAUGUGCAAGCAUGGUAUGAUGAAGUGAGAGACUUUAGCUACCCAUAUGAACAUGAAUAUAACCCGUAUUGUCCAUUCAGAUGUUCUGGCCCUGUAUUUACUCAUUAUACGCAGGUGGUGUGGGCAACCACUAACAGAAUAGGCUGUGCCAUUAAUUUGUGCCAUAACAUGAACAUCUGGGGGCAGAAAUGGCCCAAAGCUGUCUACUUGAUGUGCAAUUAUUCCCCAAAGGGAAACUGGUGGGGCCAUGCCCCUUACAAACAUGGACGACCCUCUUCUGCUUGCCCACCUAGUUUUGGAGGGGGCUGUAGAGAAAAUCUGUGCUACAAAGAAGGGUCAGAUAGCUAUUAUCCUCCUCAAGAAGAGGAAACCAAUGAAAUUGAGCGACAGCAGGCACAAGUUCAUGAUACCCAGGUCCAGACAAGAUCGGAUGACAGCAAUAGAAAUGAUGUCAUUAGCAUACAGCAAAUGUCCCAGAUUGUUUCUUGUGAAGUAAGAUUACGAGACGAGUGCAAAGGGACAACCUGUAAUAGGUAUGAAUGUCCUGCUGGCUGUUUGGAUAGUAAAGCUAAAGUCAUUGGCAGUGUACAUUAUGAAAUACAAUCCAGCAUCUGUAGAGCUUCAAUUCAUUAUGGUAUCAUAGACAAUGAGGGUGGUUGGGUUGAUAUCACCAGACAAGGAAGAAAACAUUAUUUCAUCAAAUCCAAUAGAAACGGUGUUCAAACAAUAGGCAAAUAUCAGUCUGCUAAUUCCUUCACAGUCUCUAAAGUAACAGUUCAGGCUGUGACUUGUGAAACUACUGUGGAACAGCUCUGUCCAUUUCAUAAGCCUGCUUCACAUUGCCCAAGAGUAUAUUGUCCUCAUAACUGUAUGCAGGCAAAUCCACAUUAUGCUCGUGUAAUUGGAUCUCGAAUUUACUCUGAUCUGUCCAGUAUCUGCGGAGCAGCAGUACAUGCUGGAGUGGUUCAAAAUCAUGGUGGUUAUGUUGAUGUUAUGCCUGUGGACAAAAGGAAGACUUACACGGCUUCUUUUCAGAAUGGAAUCUUCUCAGAAAGUUUACAGAGUCCUCCAGGAGGAAAGGCAUUCAGAGUAUUUGCUGUUGUGUGAAAUGGAACACUUGGAAGGGGAUCAUAAAGACUAUUCCAAAUGUCAUAUUUCUGUAGUUUGUAUAAAACUGUAACAUUACUGUAC